UUCGCCUUCCUAGAUAUGAGCACAAGAUACGAUCAUUCCGAAACGGCCAGUGGACGUUGUUUGGGAUAGCGGCGCGGCUAGGAGCAAAGAUCCAUACCAGACGUCCGUCAUAAUCCGCAGUGUCAACAUCUCCCUUCAACUCCCUGUCGUGGCGUUUACUGUGCAAGGACGCCUCGCCUGGAUCAGACAUGCAAGCAAACACAACGCGGGGCUUCUUGUGGUCGGAUGUGGAGACGAGGACCUUGUUGAACAUCUGGGGGGAGCAGGACAUCCAGGUAGCGCUGGAUGGAAACUUCCGAAACAGCUUCGUGUACCGCGACGUGUCCCGGAGGCUGGGGGCGAUGGGGUUUGAACGGACGCCGGAACAAUGCAGGGUGCGGAUCAAAAGCCUCAAGAGACAGUACUUGUUAGCAAAGGAGGGCAACCUGCGGAACAACGGGCAGUAUCACAAGAUCUGUAAGUUUUACGACACCAUGGAGAGGAUUUUGAGCAACCGGCCCGCUCUUGACCCUCUGGAGUUAAUGGACGGCGGCGCCGGAGAGGAGGCCGUGGAUGGCUUGGAGGAGGAUGGAGAGGAUGCUCAAGAUGCAUACUCUGAGAGCACAGGGGAGUGUACUUUCCCUGCAGAGACCGAAGUGAAGUUGGAGUACCCAACUGUUCCCAUCCCUAUCCCGGUUAAAGUGACAGUGGGCAAUAACAGUACUCCAGUAAGACCACAUAACAGCAGCCAGUCAGCCGGUAACUUGACAACCACGAGACCCAAGCGGCCCAGGAAGCGGCGCGCCAACUUCCCCAUGGAGAAGCUGAUGGAGCAGUUCCUGGAGCAGAGCGCCCAGGCGGAGGACAGCUUCUACCGGAUGGAGGAGCAGCGCUUGCAGGCAGAAGACCAUCGUAGAGAGGGCGAACAUGCCAGGGAGCUGCACAUGCUUCAGAUGCUCGGUCAGAUGUUCUCCAGCAUCUCCUCCACCAGACCCGGCUCUGCAACUACCCCCACUAAGACUGCUCCCCCCGCCCGCGCCUCUGUGUUCUCCAGUGCCUCUCCAUCAUGCACACGUGGCCAGCCCGGUCAUCUGAAACGGCCUUCACCUCAGACAAACUGUUUCACCCAACAGAGUCAGCUAUUGAACCAAGAUCCCCAGGCAUUAGUCUUUGAACGCUUCAACAGCUUGGGGUCCACAUCACACAGAGGCAUGGAAGAUGAACUCCUCUCACUAGUAAAGAGUACAGUCCCUCCACUGAUAUCCAAAAAGCACAAGGGACAAGAUGGACGCAUCGGGAUCAUUGGAGGAUGCCAAGACUAUACCGGAGCUCCAUAUUUUGCUGCCAUCUCUGCACUGAAAGUGGGGGCUGAUUUGUCUCAUGUCUUCUGCACCAAAGAUGCUGCAACUGUAAUCAAAUCUUACAGCCCUGAGCUCAUAGUUCAUCCUGUUCUGGACAGUCCUAAUGCAGUGGAAGAAAUAGAAAAAUGGCUCCCAAGACUGCACGGCCUUGUGGUGGGACCAGGUCUAGGGAGAGAAGACUUCUUAUUAAAAACAGCCAAGGACGUGAUAGAGAAGUCUAAAGCAAGAGAUAUUCCUAUAGUCAUUGAUGCAGAUGGAUUAUGGCUUGUUACACAGCAACCAUCUGUUAUCCAAGGGUACCAAAAGGGCAUCCUUACACCUAACUUCAUGGAGUUCACCCGACUGUAUGAGGCGCUGCAUCACGAGCAAAUGGACAACAGUGAUCACCAACGCAGCGUCAUGCAGCUCAGUGUAGCUAUGGGCAACCUCACUGUGGUGCUAAAAGGAGAACAGGAUCUUAUUACAGAUGGCAGUAAAGUGGUCUCGUGCAGUAUUGAGGGCAGUGGGAGAAGAUGUGGUGGACAGGGUGACCUUCUGUCUGGAUCUUUGGGAGUGCUAGCACACUGGGCUCAUGCUGCUUCAGCAGCUGGACUAAUAAGAAGUAUGAAUCCAUCAAUGGUCGCAGGUUACGGGGCCUGUGCUCUCACCAGACAGUGCAACAGUCAAGCCUUCCAGCAGCACGGCAGGUCCACCACCACCUCAGACAUGAUCCAGGAGAUUGGCUCAGCCUUCAAGAAGCUAUUUGAAAGCUGAAAACUGCCAAAUGAAAUCAGACAUCGUGUUUAUGAACUUAGUCAGUUUUGCAUUCUUACAAAAAAAUAAAAGACAAAAAAGAUAAAAACACUGAGGAAGACGGAUGAACUUUUCUAAUAUGCCAGCUUCCGGGUGGGCUAGUGGCAAAUGCUCUGAAUAUGGGUAAUAGAAGUGUGGACUAAUCUGAUGCAAAAAAACACACACAUAUAUUGUUUGAAUAAUAUAAAAAAAAAACCUAUGUUAAAAAAAACACAACAGACAGUCCUCUGUGUCUUCAGUAGUGUUAUGGGUGCAAACAUGAGGUUUCUAAAUUAUUCCCAGCCCACCAAAGAGACUGAGAUUGUAAGAUAAAUUGAGUCCAAGUGAUGUUUGAAUCUUUGAAAUAAAUAAUAAAUAUGA